AUGGCCUGGACGGCGGGGGCGGCGGGGCGCGGUGGGACCCGCAGGGCGCUCUCGUCGCACACUCUGCUCUUCGACCUGCCGCCAGCGCUGCUGGGCGAGUUCUGCGCGGUCCUGGACAGCUGCGACGGCGCGCUCGGCUGGCGCGGCCUCGCGGAGCGGCUUUCAAGCAGCUGGCUGGAUGUUCGUCACAUUGAAAAAUAUGUAGACCAAGGUAAAAGUGGAACAAGAGAAUUGCUUUGGUCCUGGGCUCAGAAAAACAAGACCAUCGGUGACCUUUUACAGAUCCUCCAGGAGAUGGGGCAUCAUCGGGCUAUCCAUUUAAUUGCAAACUAUGGAGCAGCCUUGAAUCCUAUAGAGCAGAGUCAUCGGGGAAAAGAAUUUCCAAACAAGUUACAAAAGGAAACAGCCAAUGUCACAGUGGAUAAUGUUCUUAUUCCUGAACGUAAUGAAAAAGGAAUAUUGCUAAAAUCCUCCAUCAGCUUUCACAGCAUCGUAGAAGGAACCAAAAAUUUCCACAAAGACUUUUUAAUCGGAGAAGGGGAAAUUUUUGAGGUAUACAGAGUGGAAAUCCAAAACCGAACAUAUGCCAUUAAAUUAUUUAAACAGGGGGAAAAGAUGCAAUGUAAGAAACAAUGGAAGAGGUUUUUGUCUGAGCUUGAAGUUUUGCUACUGUUCCGUCAUCCGAACAUACUGGAGUUGGCUGCAUAUUUUACAGAGAGUGAGAAGUUUUGCCUGGUUUAUCCAUAUAUGAGAAAUGGAUCACUCUUUGACAGAUUACAGUGUGUAGGUAACACAGCCCCACUCUCUUGGCACAUUCGAAUCAGUGUAUUAAUAGGAGCAUCUAAAGCCAUCCAGUACUUGCACAACACGGAACUGUGCUCUGUCGUCUGUGGCAGUAUAUCCAGUGCAAACAUACUUCUGGAUGAUCAGUUUCAACCCAAACUAACUGAUUUUGCCGUGGCACACUUCCGACCUCACCUAGAACCUCAAAGCUCUGCCAUAAGCAUGACCAGCAGCAGCAGUAAGCACGUGUGGUACAUGCCAGAAGAGUAUAUCAGACAAGGCAAACUUUCCAUUAAAACAGACAUCUACAGCUUUGGAAUUGUAAUAAUGGAAGUUCUGACAGGUUGUAAAGUGGUGCUAGAUGAGCCAAAGCAUAUCCAGCUGCGGGAUCUUCUUAUAGAAUUGAUGGAGAAAAGAGGCCUCGAUUCAUGUAUCUCCUUUCUAGAUAAGAAAGUACCUCCCUGUCCACAGAAUUUUUCCGCCAAGCUGUUCUCUUUGGCAGGCCAGUGUGCUGCAACACGGGCGAAAUUAAGACCAUCGAUGGAUGAAGUCCUAAAUAUUCUUGAAAGUACUCAAGCCAGCUUGUAUUUUGCGGAAGAUCCUCCCACAUCCCUCAAGUCCUUCAGGAGUCCUUCUCCUCUGUUCUUCGAUAAUGUUCCAAGCAUUCCAGUGGAAGAUGAUGAAAACCAGAAUAAUCCAUCGCCGCCUCAUGAUCAAAGUUUGAGAAAAGAUAGAAUGACUCAGAAGACUCCCUUUGAAUGCAGCCAGUCUGAGGUCACAUUCCUGGGCUUUGACAAAAGGACGGGGAGUAGGGGGAAUGAGGACUCUCCCAGUGGGUCUGGGUCUCCUUGUGAGGAAAGCUGGUUUCCAAAGUGUGCAACUCCAUCCCUGGACUUGAGAGCUCCCGGUGUGCAUACGGACCCUUCUGCAGAAGCUCCAGGCCAUUCCUAUAGGAGCAGGCCAGUGGAGACUAGCUGUUCCUCCGUAUUUUCCUGGAAUGAAUGCGAACAGUACAAAAAGGCAUCAGUUUCUGCCGAGGAUAAAGAAGAAAGCAAGAAUUGCUCAGGCACUGAGUAA